AAAAAACCCUUUCUUUUGUUUCAAACUUGGCGUUUAUACAUUUGAUCAGCACUGCGGAAAAUAUUUGACUGGAGUUAUGUAACUGAGUGGAGUUGCAAUGAUUAUUACAUACUAUUGAUGUACAAUAUUUGAGUGAUUGUACCCGCCUACAUUUGAUUCACUGACCGACUUGGAAGGUUUUCUUUGGUCGCUGCUCCUCUCAGUCAAAAAGUCACCACGUGGUUGAUAAUAACAUCGCUGGGCUGGAGGGGGCGGUGAUAGGCCGUGUCAACCAUUAUUAUUUCCACGGUCUUGUCAAGCACGGUUCAAGUUGACGAAUGGGCCGUCCAUACAGCGCUUCAGAACGGCUCUGUUAUUGUAACACAUUCCGAGCUCAAAGGGUAACUUUUGGUAGUAUUGGGAAGAUUAGCUCCGGCUGGCUGAGCAACAGUUAGCCUCCAUUCAAGAAGAAGUGUAAGCAGCUCUCACGACUCUGACGGAGAGAAAGCCCGCCUGUUGGUGGUCAUGGCUUCGGUCGGUAACUCGGCGGCCACCUCCAGUCCUAUGGUAGUCCUGGCGCCUAAGACUAAGACGAAAAAGAAACACUUCGUUCAGCAGAAGCUCAAAGUGCUUCGAGCCAGCGACCCUGUCCAAAGUGUCUUUAUGUGGGGCGUUAAUCACUCGAUUAACGACCUCAACCAGGUGCCAGUUCCUGUCAUGUUACUCCCUGAUGACUUUAAGGCCAACACUAAGAUUAAAGUUAAUAAUCACCUCUUUAACAAAGAAAAUCUUCCUGGACAUUUUAAAUUCAAGGAAUACUGUCCUCAAGUCUUCAGAAAUCUGAGGGAGAGAUUCGGUAUUGAAGAUCUGGACUACCAGGUGUCAUUGACUCGCAGCCCUCCGAUAAGGAGCGUUGAUGACCGUGGAGAGGGUCUGCUCCUUAACUCCUAUGACCGCACACUGAUUGUCAAGCAAAUCUCCAGUGAGGAUGUAGCAGAUAUGCACAGCAUCCUGUCGGAGUAUCACCAGCACAUAGUGAAGUGUCACGGUAGCACCCUGCUGCCACAGUUCUUGGGAAUGUACCGGGUCAGCGUGGAGAGUGAGGAGACCUACCUGAUCGUCAUGAGGAACAUGUUCAGCCACAGACUGGUGGUACACAGGAAAUAUGACCUAAAGGGUUCUAUGGUGGAUCGUGAAGCAAGCGACAAAGAACGGGGUAAAGAACUUCCCACCUUUAAGGACAUGGACUUCAGAAACAACAUGCAGAAGGUGUACGUCACUGAGGAGCAGAAAGAAAAGUUAAUGGAGAAACUAAACCGGGAUGUGGAGUUCCUGGUAAAGCUGAAGAUCAUGGACUACAGCUUGCUGCUCGGUAUCCAUGAUAUCGGCCGAGCUGAGAGGGAGGAGGAGGAAGGAGAGGAGGUUUCCAAUGAGGAGGACCAGGAGGCAGAGAAUGGCUUGACGUCAGGCCCUGCUGUGGGAUCUUUUGGCACCUCUCCAGAGGGAAUAGCUGGUUAUAUGUCUUCCUGCAAACCUCUUGGACCCGGAGAGUUUGAUCCUUAUGUGGAUGUAUACGCUCUCAGCAGCUGCACAGGAGCCCCUCAGAGAGAGGUCUAUUUUAUGGGCCUGAUUGAUGUAUUGACUCAGUACGACACAAAGAAAAAGGCAGCUCACGCAGCCAAAUUUGUCAAACAUGGGGCGGGUGCUGAAAUCUCCACUGUACACCCCGAGCAAUAUGCCAAACGAUUCCGUGACUUCAUCGCUAAAAUUUUUGCAUAAAAUUCAGCUGCAAACACUCAGAGCUUCUGACCAUUGACCAAAAAUAGUUUGUGCACAGGACAUAUGUUUAACUUGUUAAUAUGAGGAAAGACUACUUCCAAUGUGUGGAUAUGUAGUAAACUUCAUAUUCAUAUAUUUAUUUUCAAAAUUUCUUCUAGCUAUUAAGCACCGUUCAAAAAGUAUAUCAUCGGCUAUAAUGAUGUUGAAUAUCGUUCAAUGUAUUAGAACAGAUCAGAACAUACUUUUUCUUUUGCUGUUCUUGGAAUCACCUUACUCCCUUACUGACACUAGGAUGAAAAUAUAAUUAUUUUACAAUUUAAAGUAGCCACUUGGCAAAUGUCUUCACUGAGCAUGCUCAGAAGGCAGUCCUUCCUCACAUAUCCAUUUGCAACACUAGAGGACAGUAUUGCUUAGUUUAGUUACAUUUAACUUUGCAUUUAACACAUGAAUGGGGCAACGGCCCCCUUCUAAUUAUAUCAUACACAUUCACAACUCUUACAUCUCAAUCAUGAAGGCAUAUCUUAGCUUGAACAAAAGUCAGCAUUUGUGAACCAACCUACUGCAGAUUUAACAUUAUUAUUUUAAGCUCUUUUGUAGUACACAGAGUAGACAUGAAGGCAUUAAUUUUCUUAUUUAAUUCUCAGUGAGAAAGCUAAUUAAAUUACUUUGUAGUCUUAAAUGGAGAUUAGAUAUUGUUAAAAAAAGUUUGGCUCAACUAUCAGUGAGUGCAAACUGUGUACGAGCAAAAUUUCCACUUGAUGUACAACAAAUGUGAGCAAGUGCGAAAAAAAAAUAUUAUUUGGGAGGACUACAUGGCAAAUUAUUUAAAGGCACAGAGGAACAUGAUUGAAUUGAAUAUUUAUUGAAUGAAUGAACAACACAUCAGUAGAUAUCGUUUCUAUCUCUUGGCUGCUAUAAGCCUGGACAGUAGCGCAAACCUUCACCAUUCAUUUAACCAUAGUGUAAUGCAAGUAUUCAUAUGAGAAGACAGCCUGGAUAUUAUUAACUUGGGCUAAUUCAAGAUGCUAUAAUGUUUUUGUGCAUUGUAGGUAUAAAAUCUAGUUAUAGAACUGUUGUUUGUGAAUUGUAACUUUUUUUGAUUUAGUGACAAAUGUUUCUACAGUGCAGUAGUGUAAAGCAGUGAGCCUUAACACAAUGCAGCAUUCCAAAAACUGGCAUGGCAGUGUUCAUUACACUCUGUGAGGCCUCAUUCUCAAUGAUUGAUUGCACAUGUUGUAUUUUUGCAAAUCAGCAUUUUGACCAAAAUAUAUUUUACAAAAAAAAAAUGCCUGGAAAGUGUUUAUUUUAUUCUAGUUUUGAAUCAAAAUUGUCUUUUGAAGUAAAAGGUAAUCGGGUCAGGUGUGCUGUAGGUAUUGCGUGUAGUUUGAGAUCAUGCUUUGGAGGUCAGGGACUGUUAUUUGUUUGACUUGUGUCAGAAGAUACAAUUGUGCUGACUGGUUCCUUCCUGUCAAAGGAGAGAAGACAGAACAUGCUGACUGCUAGAACUCUCUCAUCACUGGCCCACACAUUAGGUUGGAGGCAGGAUGAGUGGGCUGGUUGAAGGGUCAACAAGUCAAAAAACGCUGACAAUUUCAGAGAAGCACUAGGAACACUGUCCAUUAAUCAGUGCAAGUUCUAGCCAACAUAAAUGUUCC